GAUGCAGCUCCGGAGUUGCAAACCCUUUUCAAGACCCCGCGGUCUGUGAUGGCGAUGCGCUUUAUCAACGGGCUGAAUCAGCUAGUCGUCGAGCUCACGGAUCCUCCUGCCUUGAAGAUGGUGACGGAGACCUUGGGCUUUCAGCACCUGGACAUCGAUGUUACGACCCCGAGAGCCGGAAUUUUCCGCAACGCCAUCCUCGAGCUCUUUGAGCAGGAGCUUGGUGCCAACUUCACUGGCAAGGCGAAGGCUGGAUUACAAGCGCUCAUGAACUAUGUCGGGGGUGCCAUGAUCUACGUCCGGCGCGAGUACUCGGAGCGCUUCAAUACCCUUCGGGUCAGUUGGAUCGCGGCCAGCCAUGCUCGCCUCACCGACGAAGACGAGCAGCUGGCACGUCCAGAGGGAGCCGGCGAUGAGGCGGAAGAUGGUGCUGAAAGCCAGCCAGGUGAGCAGCAAGUCGCUGCCCGAGCCACUGACCAGGCCAAGGAAAACAAAGCCGAGGACGCCGACAAGAAGCCCGUGUCGAAAGGCAUGGCUGGAACAAAGGUGCCGCAAAACUUCAAUGAAAUGUUCACCUUCAAUGCCGCAGUCAUGGGCUUCUCGAACAGCCUGGCUUGGAUGAAUCCCGUGCUCGAUCAGUUCGAGGCGAUGGUUAUGAAUGCAGCGAAUUCGUACAGAUUGCAGGAGGAGUGCGAUGUACUGUCCCUGGUACUGGUGAAGUACAAGGAGACCAUCAUCUACUCGGAGUUUAAGGCCGUCAUGCUGGCGUCACUGCGCUCUCUGGUCCCCAAAAUCUGGGGCGUGGAGCACGAGGUCGCAUGGACGUGGUUUUGGGACAACACAGAGCGCAUGAUCAAGCGGCAAACCGCAAACAUCAAAGGAUACCAGCGGGCGGCAGACCGGUUCAUCAGGCACUUGACUGAUGACGUCGUUACGCAGAUGCGGAAGGAUGUGUACAAGGUCUUUUUCGGGGUGGCGCCCAAAGGGCAAGACUACUUCAAGCAGUCUUCGACUCGAUUGAACUUCAUCGCAGACAAGGUGCUGGAAAUGUCGUUGGAGAUGUACAAGAGGCCGCGGGGCAUGGUCGAAGAGAUUUCGGCUCUGGGAUUGCGCCACGUCGGGUAUGGCAUUCCCACCGAGCUCUUUGCUCCCUUCAUAGAGGCCUGGAGCCAGGUCCUUCAGAUGAUGCUUGUAGAAGAGAAAGCUGCCAGCUCAUUGCGAUGGUCGCUGACUCUGAUAUCGAAGAUCUUGGUGAGGACCAUCCUAGAGGGCUCCACGAUUGUGAUGAAGGCCAUCAACACGAACAGCGCGAAGCGUUUUCGGAAAGCCAUUGCAAUCUCCGGAAGAUCGCAGCGAGCGAUGGAGAUGCUUCGCAUCACAGUCGGCACCCAGUCCAUCUCUCCGUUGGAUUGGGCGAUCAAGAGUGGCAGCUUCCAAGUCGCCCGGGCGAUGAUCGACGACUUGCUGACCAUCCGUGCCGACCGCGACAACUACUACUAUGGCUGCGAUGCGCUCUUCGAGCGACAUCCUGACAUCUUGAACAUCCUUAGUGCCACACGGGGCCAGGGGCUGCUUCCAGCCCUACUCCAUGGCCUGCUUUGGAGAUCGAAGGUCACCCAAAACAAGACGAGGCGCGUGAACUACUACGUCAAGCACUUGAUCCAAGAUCAAGAGGGCCUCUUCAAUGCCAAGCAGAUCUCGGUGAUAAUUAAGACCGGGGACCCAAAGCUCAUGCGUCACCCAGUGGUGAGCUUUGUUUUCAACAUGCUCUGGUCACGCCUGGCCAGCGUUGAGUUCCUGAAGAGCAGGGUCCUCUUCAUGAUCCAAGUGGUCAUUUUCGUGCUCGCCCAGAGCAUCCUGCCGCGCGUGGCGCCGAAGAGGGAGACGGAAGUACUUCGAAUUCUGCUUUUCUCAUGCCGCUGUUCGAUCUACUUGUUUGACAUGCUCUUGCUUCUCUGCGCCCACAUCAAGUACAUCGUCGCUGACAUCAGAGAGCGCUCCUUCAUUUUUGUGCUUGGCAUACCUUGCCCGGCCUACCUGAAAGACCUCGCCUCUGCUGUACAGCUGGCCAUGGUCAUCGAUCUAGUGUUCAUGUGCGCGCAGGAGCCCAUCUUUCAUUGCUUGGCCAACAUGCAUGGAAUCUACGAGGGCGCAGGUCUUUUCUCGACUCACUGUCCCGAGGCGCAGGGCCAAGCCACUGUAUAUUCGGUCUUCUCUCAGAUCGGAGUGUUGCUCCAUUGGCUGCUUCUGGUCGACUGCUGUAUUUUCUCUUUGCGUCUGAGCUCCUACUUCCUCACCUGCUUCUACGUCUUGGCUGAGCUGCUGUACUUCUUGAGUGCCAUUUUGUUCUUGGUGCUGAUGUUCGCUUGCUCCAUUGCUGCGCUGGACACACUGCAAGGCGACUUCAGAAGCAUUCCGGCAGGACUGGCUGCACGAAGUCUGAAGGCCGCUUUCAAAGCCGGAGCCCGCAUCCGGUGA